AAAUACUAAUAACAUAAACAUAUUUAUAUUAAUUGUACUAGAAAAUGGAAGGUAUACUUUAUUUCUAUCUAGAAAUCUUUAAAUCACCCUCUAAUAAAUUCUUUAUUAUAAAAUACAAGACAAGAGGACAAGCUGACUAAAGUCUAAAUAAUAAAGUCAUUUUUAUAUAAAAGAGAUUUGAUUAGUAAUUAAGAAAUGCAGCCUAAGUAUGUGAAGAGGUAGGAGUGUUUUUGAGUUGUUUGGAUCAAAGAUCAUUUAUUGCUUUUGGUACAAUUUAGAAUGAACCAACAGAUUUUGAUUAUCUUACCGUAUUACUAAAAGUUAAAUCUUUAGGAAGAAUAAUAGCAAAAUUUAAGUAAAUUACAAGAAUUUUUCUAAUCUUUUGUGAAAGUUGAAUGGAUAUUUAAAGGUGUACUUAAUUUUGAGAAAACUCAAAACAUCAAAAAUGAUUUAAAUGAAAUGAAACCAGUCAAUCAUUGUAAAGAUGUUUAAGAAUUAACAUGUUAAACAGCAGAAUAAGUAAGUAAUAAUGAAUUAUUCAAAGUUAUUAUAAUUGCUUUAAAAAUCAAAACCUUAUAAACCUUAACCUUAAUAGGAUAUUAGAAUACCACGUGAAUUUAAUAAGAUUUUAAGAAAAAAUUUUGAAGAAAAUGAUAGUGAUAGAUAAAAAAGUAGUAAAAGUAGAAGCCGUAAUAGAGAAAAGAAAGAUAAAGAUAAAGACAAAGAUAGAAGAAAAUCUAGUAAAGAUAGACAAAAAGAAAAAAAAAAUUAUGACCGUAGAAGUAGAGAAAGAAGAAGCAAAGAUAGAAAAAGUAAAGAAAAAAGUUAAAGAAGAAGUAAAGAGAAAAAAAAAAAAAGUCAUGAAAAACAAGAAGAUAAAAGCCACAAUAUUUCAGAGUUUGUUAUUGAUGAUAGUAUUCUAAUACAUAAUAGAUAAUAGAUAAGGAAAAAGAUUUGGAUAGAGAAAAAGAAAGACAAAUAAGAGAAAAAGAAUAAUAGAAAGAAAAAGAUCAUCGAGAAUAAAGAGAAAGAGAGAGAGCUAAAGAAUAAAGAGAAUAAAGAGAAAGAGAGAGAGAAAAAGAACAAGAAAAAAAAGAGAGAGAAGAAAAAGAGAUGUUAGAAAAAUAAAAAUAGAAAGAAAAAGAAAAAGAAAGAGAGAGAGAAAAAGAAAGAGAAAGAGAAAAAGAAAAAGAGAAGGAAAAGGAAAGAGAAAAAGAGAAGGAAAGAGAUAGAGAUAGAGAUAGAGAAAAAGAGAAAGAAAGAGAUAGAGAAAAAGAGAAAGAAAGAGAUAGAGAUAGAGAUAGUAAUAGAGAAAGAUAAAGAGAUAAAGAUUAUAAUAGAAAUAGAGAUAAGUAUGAUAAAGGAAGAUAUGAUAAAAAAGAUGAAAGAGAUAGAAAUGAUACAAAAUAUGAUUAUGAAAAAAAAUAAAAGGAAAAAGAUAGAGAAAGAGAUAGAGAUAGAAAUAAAUCUAAAGAAAGAUCAUUUGAGAGAUCUGAUAGAAAGGAUAGAGAUAGAAAAAGGGAGAAAGAUAGAAUGAGAGGUGGUGAAAAAGAGAGAGAUAGAGAAUAUAAUAAUAAUAAGAAAUAUAAAGAGAAUAGAAAAGAUACAAAGAAGCGCAGUGAGGAGAGAUCUAAACCUCGAUCUAGAAGUGAAGAUAAACGUUAAGGUCAUAACACCAAUAAAAAUAGAAAAGCCACUGAGAUUGUUUCAUAAAGCGAACAGCCAAGAGAUUUCUAGUACCAAAAAUUAAUAAAAUAGUUCAUCUGUGUCAUUAUCUUCCCAUAAAUAAGAGUAAGACUAACAAGAAGUUGUAUUAGAAUAAAAUUCUAAGCUACCUGAAUAGAAAGACCAAGUUGAUCUAGGAAUUAUUUUGAAUGUAUUUGACUCCCCAAAUAAAAAUGCUUAAUAAUUUCAACCUUUAAUUUAACCAGUUAUAAUUACCUAAACUGAAUAAGUAGUUUUAAUUAAAUAGAGUGAAUCAUAAUAAUCUAAUAAUCUGAAUAGUGAUUCUAAGAAGAAAAUUUUAUUAUUGAAUCCAGAAAAAAGUUCAUCCAUUUCUGAUAAUUUUGAAUUACAAAAUUAAAAAAGUUCAGGUUCUAUGAAAAUUAUAAAAGAUGCUCCUGGAAAACUGAUAUAAUAAUAAACGACUCAACAAUCUUAAAUAAAAAAAUCAGGAAUAAUUUAAGACUCUAAAUAAGUAUUCUUUAUUAAAUAUUCAAAGGGCAGUGGAAAUUAGAUAAAAGAUAGGAUAAUACUAAAAAACAAAUGAG